GUGGGAGGGAAGUGCGGCUCGUAGUACUGGAGACUGAGCACGAAGCAACAGGCAGAUGGUGCAUGACACUUUGUGAGAAAUGAGUCAACUGAAGUGUAAAUACCAAUGUGUCACACCUACAACUUUACAUAUCAAUGCAGAGAUUGCAACCUCGCAGUUUCACAGUUCAACCCCUGAAGGUUUUGAUGCUCAGAUAGCCAAUCUGGUGGAAGUGUUUUUGUUGGAGAUUUAUAGAUGCAAGCUAUGUCAGUUCACCAGCAGCCUCAAAAAUAAAAUGUGUCUCCAUGUGUCCGAUGUCCAUCAGCUGGAAGAAGUGCACUUUGUUCCGGUGGAAAUUGGGACCGACCAAGAGGAAAGCAGUUCAUAUGGAAUAGAUGAUGAAAUUGCUCAGGAAAACAAAGAGAAUGAAGAGAGCCUAGAAAAAAUGCCCUUCUUUUCCCCAAUGUACCGGAUGCUGAACACAAUGAGCCCGGACUCAUGUGACAUCAGUCUUGAAGAUCACAGCAGCACUACAAAUGUGGUCAAUGCCAAUGAAGUUAGUUCACUCUUCGAAGAGGAAGCAUCUCAGUUCCAACUGGAUGAACCUGUACCUGGUGACUCUGUUGCACCUUCAAGUAGAGCUAAUUCUCCUGUGUCCAAAACUCGUAAAGACGAGAAAGAUGCCCAGUGCGAGCAUCUUUUAUCUCUUGGACUCUGCCGCAUUUCUAACGUCCGGAAAGAUUCUUCAUCAGCCAAAGCAAUAGAUUUGAAAGAUGAAAUAAAGGAACCUUAUAAGGACCACUCCAGUAUUGUAAAAAACAACCCCCUGGAGAGUCGGUCAGUAGAGCAAUAUCAAGGAAAAAGUGAUAUUCACAAAGUACAAUAUUUUUGUAUGUCUUGUCGGCUAGAGCUAAAAACGAAGGGUUCUUACAAAAUUCACAUGCAGUGCCACAAAGCAGAUGGGGGAUUCAAGUGUUUUUAUUGCAGUUGCUCCAUGAGUGAAUGGAGCCUAAUGGAAAAGCACAUACAAAGUCACAAGCACCUGAGAAAAAGCUAUCAGUGCCAGGUGUGCGAGAAGCGUUUUAUGACACAAAGAGCCUGGAAAGCCCACAUGAAAAACCAUAACAGAGAAAGCAGCGUUUUCCUCUGCACAAAGUGCCCUUCCUCCUUCGAAAGCGAACACAUCAGAAAUCUGCACCUGUCGUGCCAUCAGGACGAUAUCUUCAAAUGUUUACAAUGCGGAAUAAUAUAUCAUGAAUGGAACAAAAUGUAUGAACAUUUGUGCAGUCAUGACAACAUCCUUAAACCAUACAUCUGCAACAUUUGCAACCAAAGAUUCUUCAGAGAAGCUCAACUGAAAGCUCACUCUUCAAAACACAGAUCACUUGAAUGUCCGCCAUGUGAUAUCAGAUUGAAGACAAAACGUCAAGCGGUCAGACGUGGAAAACUUUUCCACCACAAACCAAAUAAUGGUGAUGGUGAAAGAAAGAAAAGGAAGAAAAAAUCAAAAAAACAGAUGUCUGUCAUAGAGCCUAACGCUCCCGCAAUGCUGUCAACAAAUACAAAAAGAGAAUUCAUCUGUGAACUGUGCCGCAGGAAAUGUUCCUCUAAACUGGCUCUACAGAGGCACAUGGGAGUACAUGCCGGAGAAAAACCUUUUCACUGCCAAUGCUGCGAUUAUAAAACCAGACUGAAGGCUUCAUUAAUACAACAUAUGAGAAUUCAUACUGGUGAGAAACCUUUUAAAUGUGAGCUGUGUUCCUAUGCUUCAAUAGAUGCCAGUUCUCUGCGUCGCCAUAACAGAACACACACAAGCGAGAGGCCUUAUAAGUGCCAAAGCUGUUCUUAUAGCUGUAUUCAGAAGAAGAGCCUUGACCUGCACAUUCGCCGUCAUCACACUGGCGAGAUGUUCAAGUGCAGCGUUUGUGAAUAUUCUUCUCCUGACAAGCAGCUGUUGCAUAAGCAUGUAAAAAAGUACCAUACCACAGAGAACUCAAACAGCUAGUGUCAAUUUGCCCCUUACGUGUUAUUACAUUGCCAUUUAUUGCACGACUAUGGAUGCUUAAGGGAACUGUUUUAAAUUAAAUGUCAAACCUGCCAUUACCACUGUCUUCUUCUGAUAGGCGAAAUUUGGUUCAUUGAAUGGUUAAUUCAUGAAACUGGUGGCCUGGUUUUCUAGCAUUUUCAUGAAGCCUUUAGGGUUGUAGCCGAAAUUCAAUCUAGUGAUUUGCAGCUGUGGAGUCCAUCACUAACAGUAAUUUAUUCUAUUUAUGUCUCAUGGGUGGUUUUUGUAAUAUUGAUGGCAGAUCAGAACAUAAUAAAAGAUCAAUUUAAGAUGUGGGAUUUAUAUUAUGUAAUAUUACAACCAAAAGUCAAAAUUAACAAACGGCUUCAU